GGAUGACUCCAGCCCGCCGCCGCUGCCUCCUCGGGCUCGUCCGCGUCUCGGCCCCGCGGUUAGAAAUGGCCACCAGAAUGACAACCAUGAUGCUCUAUAACAUGGUAUUUUUGGUGGCAUUUGGAUCGGCUUUGGCUUCAAGUCAUAACUCCAGGACCGCUGAUAGGGUUUCUGAGGCAGAUAUUCAGAGGCUCCUUCACGGGGUUAUGGAACAGUUGGGCAUUGCCAGACCCCGAGUAGAAUAUCCAGCACAUCAGGCUAUGAAUCUAGUGGGUCCACAAAGCAUUGAAGGUGGUGCACAUGAAGGUCUUCAGCACUUGGGUCCUUAUGGCAAUAUCCCAAACAUAGUCGCUGAGCUAACAGGAGAUCACAUACCAAAGGAUUUUAGUGAAGAUCAAGGAUACCCUGACCCUCCAAAUCCCUGCCCAAUUGGAAAAACAGUUGAUGAUGGAUGUCUAGAAAACACACCAGACACAGCAGAGUUCAGUAGGGAAUACCAGCUGCACCAACACCUUUUUGAUCCAGAGCACGACUACCCCAGUAUGGGCAAAUGGAAUAAUUUAUUCUUUGAGAAGAUGAAGAGUGGACCAAAAAGAAGAAAAAGGAGUGUGAACCCAUACCUGCAAGGACAGAGACUGGACAAUGUUGUCGCAAAGAAAUCCGUUCCUCAUUUUUCAGAUGAAGACAAAGGCACUGAAUAAGAACUGCAAAGAUGAACGAUGAAAACUCAGGCCAUUCCUUGUGAGAUCGUAAUAUUGCUUAUAUAUAACCAGCUAUUGAAAUUAUUGUGAUUGGCAGCAUGUUUAUUAUUUAUAUAAUUGUGGAUGAGAAACAGCUGUAUUUAUAACAUUAUGUUUUCCUAAAUAAUGAAAAUAUGGUUCUGUUUUCUGUUAAAUUAUGAUAAUAGGCCUGUUUUGUUGUUUUCAUUUUAGUCAUGGAGUAAGCUUUAAAAAUAUUAGUCAUGUUAAGAGCUAACGUGAAGUAAAUGGCUUCAAUGAGCAAUUUGUAUAAAUGAAGGCAAGCAAAAAUAUUACUCAGUUGAGCCCAGUGUUUAAUCUUAAUAUUUGCAACAUUCAAAACACAGAAGUUAGAGUUUUGUGUUUUGUUCACAAAUACAGUUACUUAGCAAAAACAAACUAUUAAUUUACUCAGAGACUUUUGGCUUUUAGUCUAUUUUAAUAAACAUUCAAGCAAUCUAGAGCAUUUGCUGAGUGACAUUUUCUAAAAUAUAAAAUAGGAUAAUCUGGUUCAGUUAUUGUCAGGCUAAACAAAAAUUAAAACAGUAUGCUUUGAUAAUAUAUUCAGUGCAAUAUUUUUCUCAAUUGUUUCUUAUCAUUUCAUUCUCUCACUGUUUCCAGAUGUUUUCACCCACCUUAGCUGGCUGCUAAUAUUUCUCUAGUCUACAAACUGGCAUCCAACUCUCUCUGGCUUAGUGUCGGCAGCAUUUAGCCAUUAAAACAGAGCUGUCUAACUUCCAGGCAGCUGGGGGCUGCACUCCAGAGAGGAGCCACAGACCCAGGGACCAUAUGCUGUCUGUACUGGUGGGCUGGGACUCCCCUGGCUCCUUUCCCCCACUCUGAGGCCUGUCCAGGUCCCCAUCAUAGCCUCAUGGGCAGCCUCUCCUCCUCUGCAGGCAGCUCAGCUCAGCUCAGCUCAGCUCAGCUCCCCCUGCCACACACAUAGCACCUGCCCCCACGCUCUCAGCUGUAUGAACCAUCCUCCUGCAGUGUGGGCAACUUGGCUUUGCCAUGCAGCUCAGGCACUCCAGCCCUUUCCUGGCAGCCAUGGAAGGAUCUGCUGGCAGGAGGAGUAGUGGCCUGGUGGGAACCCAUGAGCCACAUACUAGCCUUUCAGGGGUCACGUGUGGCCAACCAGUUGAACAACCCUGCAUUAAAAAGUGUCUGAAUUAGUCAUGCUCCCAUGAAAUGUCUCAGCUGAGCAAGAUGAUAUUUGCCUUUGAUAGAAAAUAUUACCUAUUGAGACUCCACUAAGCCUAAAUUCCUGGGUGUAGAAUCUUAUCAUUAAAAAUCAGAAUGAGCAGCAGCCAUAUCUGCAGCACAGUGUCAGGCUUAGUCAUCAGAAUAAAGCGACACAGAAAGCUGCUCUCAAGGUUAAAAAUUUGGAUGGUAGUUGGUUGUGGGUUUUUUGACUAUCCAAAUUAGGCUAGAGGCAAGUAGGAUUCUUACUACUCAGUAAACCUUGCUCUGGGCCUCCAACUCUACUCAUUUUCUGGUGAUGCUCAAUAUAGUUUGUGGCAGAUAAACCCUUGGUUAGGCUACAUAAAUUAACUUGCUUUGCCACCAAAAGAAAAGGUGUACUACUCUAUGUGCAUUUAACACUCCUGAACAGAAGUAGAGCAUACUUUCUUUCCCCAUCAAGCAGCAGUACUCUGUCACUGCUCUUGAAAUAGCAAUUGGGCAACUCAGAAGGCCGUUCCUUUCUGAAGGACUAGAGGAGGGCACUGUUCCUUACCUUAGGCAGCAAAUUGAGAGGUAGGAUUGGGUCUACAGAUCAAAUUCUAUUAUUUUUACAAGUUGUCUGGCAAGCGGGCUGCGUGCAAAAUGACCCAAGGAUCAUGGAAAAUAGUUACCUUAUCUUAUGAACUUCAGUUCUGUGAUGCAACAAACUUCACACCCCCAAUAAAAAAAAUCAAUCAAGAUGAUGUACUAAAAUACGGACAAGACUGACAAGCUGAAUUUUCACUUGAGGUUAGAUACAAGUAAUUCACACCAUACCAAUAAGUGGACUGAUCUGUGUUUGGAAUUAGUUUUCAGGGCAGAACUGAACAAACAAUCCAUAAUAAAUUAUUUGGUGAGCUAUGCCUCACAAAUACUUUGAGAGAAGAUUGCAAAACUCUAGAAUCGAAUGUAGUCUAAAUUAUUUAUGAGCUGCUUCAUACUUUAUUUUCUUAUAACAAAUAUUUUAACUGAUAUUUUGAAUUGUAGGGGAUAUAAUGUAGAGUGAGAUUUAUAAGUGGAUAUUGCAAUUAA